GCUGAGACUCUCUAGAGCUUGCGAUAGAUGCAGAAAGAGGAAAGUAAAGUGCGAUGAAGGACAUCCCUGUCAAUCCUGUAUCGCUGCGAGAUCUGAAUGCACUUUCGUCGCAGAACCACAGAAACCGCUGAAAGCAAAGAAGAAUAUCGCUGAACUAGAAGCCAGAAUGACGGCAUUAGAAAAGGUUUUAGAAUCGAUUCCACCCUCGAUAUCACAGGCAGCGCUCUCUAAAUUAGACUACGCACUCACCACAGAGAGCAGCUUCGGUCUUCCUGGCAGCUCCAGGAAACGCUCUGUCGAUGACUUCACGAAGUCACAAGACAAGCACGCAUUCGAAUCAGAUGCAGUUGAUGCUACAAACUUAGUGGACAAAUUAGCUUCAUUGUCUAUAUCCCCUUCUUACCUUUACCUUGACCACGAGGGUAAUCCAGCUUGGGCAGGCUCAACUUCCGGUCUACCCCUUAUUGAUAUGCUAAAUAACCGCUCUGGUUCAGGCACAAGUAGCGUACCAUCUGCUUCCGAACACGGUGAAUCUCCUGGAGAGGAACCAGGCGAUUUCAACCAGGAGACCUACUUUCCGGGAAGGAAAGCUACGCAAGUCGGGCUGGAGCCUAUAAUUGUUUGGUCACGUGUUACCUCACUCAUUCCAGUCGACCUCAUGAAUACUCUCAUCAGAACAUAUAUGGCAACAACACAUUUGCUGUGGCCAUUUCUGCAUAUACCCACAUUUUUAAAGGAUUACGCAACUCCAAGUUCAUGGGGUGAACCUGGUUUCGCAUCUCUCGUAGUAGCAAUAUGUACAAUAGCAUCUAGACAUGUUGACGAUCCUCGAGCUCGCAGUGACCCGAAUGAUCCAGCUUCUAGUGGGAAGCACUACUUUACUCUUUUCUCACAAUUGCGCGAUUUUCCACAUAACGAGAGUGGAAAUGUCUACUACAUCCAAGCGACAUUCCUUGCAGCCGUAUAUCUCAUCGGUGGUGGAAAAUUAGCAAAGGCAUUCGCGCUCCUCGCUGAGAGUAUCACUCUCUCCAUUGACUCUGGUCUACAUAGAUCACUCGACCAUUAUGACCUCACUGACAAGAUAUGGUCUGAAAUUCGCAAGAGAACAUUCUGGUCGAUAUUCUGCUGGGAUAAGCAGGCUGCUGCUGCAUUCGGCAGGCCUCCUAUGAUUAGACUCCGUGAUUGCGAUCUCGAGGAACCGUUGGAUGUCGACGAUCAGUAUUUGUCCGACGAAACAACAUCACAGCCAGCUAACCAACCGUCGAGGAUCAGACCGUUUAUACACAUGAUUCGCUUGCAUGUCGUACUUGAGCGCGUUCUCGAUGGUUGUAAUCUGCCAGCCGUUUUCCCAUCUAGCUCAUUCUUAACAAAGGCUGCUGCAAUCGGACAAGACAGGGCACUUGAGAGCGCUGAGGAGCUACUCCAGGAAUGGCGAAAUCAGUUACCGGAAGAUCUGAAAUACACGCAGGCUACGAUCGCGAGUAAAGAUGCAUACCGGCUGACACAAUCUGAGCGCCUCCAUUGCCUCGAACAACUCACAAGUAUGCUCGUAUAUAGACAUAAAUUCUCAACGGCUGCGAUCGCCUCUGAGAAGCUCUCUGAGAUCCAGAUAGAGGACCAGGAUGGUAUUGUCAACAGAAGUCGUCAGCAAUAUCAGCAUAUAGCCCAACAAACUGCGUUGACUAUAAUCGCUGCCCACUCGCAUAUUUCGAGGAGAGGACUCUUGACGCAUUAUGGCGUGCAUGUUAUCCACCAGCUUACGCAAGCUGGACGCACACUCGUUGCUGUCGUCCUCCAAUCGCGGAAGAAUAAAGAGAAAUCCUCAAUGUCGGUGUCUUUAGAGGGUCUGAGGGUUGCGGUCGGACUGCUGAGGCAAUUUGCGAUACGUUAUGGCUGCGGGACGAGGAGUUCAGACGUGUUGGUUGAAUUUUGCAGAGUUUGCCAAAUCCCGGUAGAAGAUGAAGCACAUAUUCCCUCGAUUGGACAAGCGUGGCUCAGGCCGGUUCCUCUGAAAUCCGAAACUGCGGCACGCAAGCGCAAAGACUCGAAGAGUCCAACUAAUGGCGGAUUAUUCAUGCCACUUCCGAUGCAAUUGAAUGAAAGUGAGGGCUCAAAUGCGAACAUCAACGAGAACUUUAUCCAGAAUGCAACGAACGCCUCACCAGAGAGCGGAAUACUAGGAGGAAGCAACAAUAACGCAGACUCAGCAGCUGACAUACUCGAACUGCUCAAUCAGGGCAAGUUCGACGUCGAUGCUCUCCUCGAUAGUACGAGUCAAGCGGGAAGAGUGCUCGAUGUCCACGAUUUCGGGUUGCUUGCACCGCCCGAAGCCUCAACGUUUAUGUCAUUUGCACCAGAUUUCAAUAAUUUGUAAAUUAUG